GGCAGGGACGCUGGCACCAAACCAGUGACCAAAUGCUUCCCACCCUCCCCCACCCCACCAAGUCCAGAUCUGAAGCUGUGGUCAAAGUUCAGACCACUAACCACAGGACUGGGAGAAGGCACCAGGAAGCCCCGGCCAGUUACUCUUGGCUCCUCAACUAGCUGCCUACUUCCAGUGGCUUAUGGGGUACAAUCCUGUCCAGCUCCGCUGAGAUGAUCCUGGCCUCUCCCUCCACCCCGUCCAGGGGACGCACCCCCAGCGCGGUGGAAAGGCUGGAGGCCGACAAAGCCAAGUAUGUCAAGACCCACCAAGUGAUAGCACGACGCCAGGAGCCCGCUCUGCGUGGGGGUCCCGGACCGCUCACCCCGCACCCCUGCAAUGAGCUGGGGCCCCCUGCAUCGCCCAGGACGCCCGGGCCCGCCCGCCGGAGCAGCGGCAGGCGGCUGCCAAGGCCUGACUCCCUCAUCUUCUACCGCCAGAAGCGGGACUGCAAGGCUUCGGUGAACAAAGAGAACGCCAAGGGCCAGGGGCUGGUGAGGCGCCUCUUCCUGGGCGCCCCCCGAGACGCCACCUCGAGCAGUCCGAGCCCAACAGAGCGACCAGCGGCUCCUGGGGUUUGGGCCGCGCCCCAAGAUGCCCCGGAAGCGGCCGGAAAGCGGGCGCUGUGCCCCACAUGCUCACUACCCCUGUCGGAGAAGGAGCGCUUCUUCAACUAUUGCGGCCUGGAGCGCGCGUUGGUGGAGGUGCUGGGCGCUGAGCGCUUCUCUCCGCAGAGCUGGGGCGCCGACGCCAGCUCCCAGCCCGGAACGUCGCCGCCGCUAGGCUCUGGGGACGCCAGCGACUGGACGUCCAGCGACAGCGACACGGAUCGCCCGGACGGAGCUGGCGGCUGCGGUGGCGGUGGUUGCGGCGGCUCGGAGGCGGCGGGCUCGGCGCGGGACGGGCGCCCCCCGGUGUCGGUGGUGGAGCGCAACGCGCGCGUCAUCCAGUGGUUGUACGGCUGCCAGCGCGCCCGCGGCCCGCCGCGCGAGUCCGAGGUGUGAUCGCGGCCGCUCGGGAGCGGGCUCCCGGGGAGUCCGGGGUCCGGGGUCCAGGGUCCCGGGAGGGCUAAGGGGUGGAUGCAGGGCUGGACCCGGGCACGGGCAGGGGCGCCCUGUCUCUGAGGCGCCGGGUGCCUUUAGGAAAGCCCUUCCCUCUGGAUUCUUGGUACCCCCCCCCCCCCCGCGAACCUUGGGAGGAUGGGACAGAAUGAUUCGGAAGGCCCUUCCCAGAGCAGACGACCGAGGGGGAGGGGGCAGCUAUGUGGCCCCUGUGGAGGCCGGAUCUGGGGAGAGAAGCCUGGGGUGGGAGAUCGGAGAACCUGCUGAAUAAAGCCAAAACGUUGUUUAAAGGAGUCGUGAUGUUGGCUUAGAGAGCAGCUAUUGAGGAAGGGGGCGGGGCGGGCUUGCGCCGAGUUAAGCGCCUGGGUUUUUGGAAUGCGAGUUCCCGGCUCACUGUGUGACCCUGGGCAAGCACUUAACUUCCCCGAACCACAGCUGCACCCCUCGGUGAUCAAAAUAUUUUUGAAAUGGUCAUAAAACGCAUGGCAAAGUGUCCGGCAUAUAGGAAGUGUUCAAUAAACGACAGCCACUAAAACCA